AUGUACAGUGCUGAAAAAAUUUGCCACGGUUGCCUUAGUUCAGAUAGAAAUAUAGAACCAUUAGGUGAAUUAGCGGAUUUGUUUUACAUCCUAACAAGAAUUCCAGCCUCAGAAAUAUUCCUGUGCUGGGAGUGCAGAAAUGUGUUGUGGAAGACAUGGAGGUUCCAACGUCGCUUGCAUCAUGCCCAGUGCUUGCUGCAACAAGCUACUUUACAGAUGAAAAGCACCCAAACACUGAGUUUGUCAACGCUGAGCACAGUUUUUAAUGAGAAAUAUGAGACUGUACAUGAAAGUGUUGAAGACGAUACCAAGCAAACGCAAUUGAAACUUGAACCCGAAACAUCUGACAGAGAUGAGGUAGGAGAUGUUAAGGAGGAAGUAAAUGAUGUCAAUCACAGCGACUUUGAAGACCAGGCAGAGGAUCCAUACAAAGUUGAAGAGACAAAUGUAGAAAUUGAUACAACCAUAGAAAAGACAAAUUUGGAAAAUGAUACCAAAGAGGUUCAAGUAAAUAAUCCAUCGGAUAUAAAGCAGAAAGGAAAAGAAGUAAAAGAAAUGGACAGGAGACAGUGCAAAUACAUUAAGUAUGCCAUUGUCACUAGAAACGACUUCAAUACUGCUAUAGAUAAUUAUUGCAUCAAAGGUUUCCUAACGGAGGAGCUAAUUGAAGAAUUAUUAGAUAGGCGAUUAUCACAAAGACGGAAGAAGAAUCCCCGCUUCGGUUGCAAGCCGUGCGAUGCGAGGUUCCACAAAGUCAUCGAUUGGAGGAGACACAACAUCCUUAAACACCCAACGCCGGAGGGCCCUUACAGAUGUUGCGAGUGCGAGCGGGGCCCCGCCCACCAGACCCUGGCGGACCUCAGGGCUCAUUGGUGCACCCACGAGACAUACAAGUGUAAAAUGUGCGGUGAUCCUUUCAAGUCCCAGGGGGAGUUCCAGGACCACAUUCGGCUCGUCCACGCCUUCAUGUACAGCUGCGUCGACUGCGGCUGCAAUUUCCAUUCCUAUCGCGACUUCGUCCGUCAUUAUAAGGAGCUCCACGAGAAGAUGACGUGCGACUACUGCGGGAACACUUACACCAGGAAAAAGAGUCUGGAGACUCACAUCAAGCGCGCCCACCUGCCGCCGGUGUGCCGCGUGUGCGGCCGCUCGUACAAGACCGCGCACGCGCUCGAGUCGCACGGCCGGCUGCGCCACCCGGAGCUCUACUAUGACGUCACGAAGACCGAGCUCUCGUACUGCGUCGAGUGCAACAAGCAGUUCAACAGCGUGUACACGUACAAGCGGCACCUGAGCACCGCGUUCAUACACCGCCCGCCGAAGCCGGUCAGAAUCCCCUGCCCCGAUUGCGGAAAAGUGUUCUCCAGAAAGCUGUACAUGAACAACCACUACAGACUGUUCCAUACGACGAAGACUCGACACUACUGCGAGCCUUGUAACAAGUACUACGUGACGGCGUACGCGCUGAGGAACCACAAACAACGCAUCCACGAGAAAACCCUACCGCCGAAGAACAAGAUCUGCGAUAUAUGCGGGCGCGGUUUCAGCACCAACAGGGUGCUAAUAAACCACAGGCGGACACACACCGGCGAGAGGCCCUUCAAAUGCUCCCAAUGCCCCGCCGCCUUCGCGCAGAAAUACGCGAAGAAAUCCCACGAGCGAUCGCAGCACAAGAUAUUC